UGUCUUUUUCUUUUUUUGGCAGCCAAGAUGGCAAUGUGCAGCAUCCUCAACGCUGAUGACAUCAAGAAAGCACUAGAUGCAUUUGCAGCUGCUGACUCCUUUAACCAUAAGAAGUUUUUCGAGUUGGUGGGUCUGAAGGCCAAGUCUGCUGACGAGGUGAAGAAGGUCUUCUUGGUGCUGGACGCCGACAACAGCGGCUUUAUAGAGGAGGAGGAGCUCAAGUUCGUCCUGAAAGGUUUCGCCCAAAAUGGCAGGGACCUGACAGACAAGGAAACCAACGCAUUUUUAAGAGCAGCCGACAAGGAUGGAGACGGCAAGAUUGGAAUUGAUGAGUUCGCCGCCCUGGUGAAAGAAUAAACAGUCGCCCAAUGUGACCGACUGUCACUCCAAGAUCACCUCCCAACCACGCUGCACUCCCACACCUGCAGGCCUCCCUCCACAGCACCAACACCUCA